AUGGCGAAACGUCGCAGUACCACGAGUCAACCCGAUAUCCGAAUCAGGUCUGAUAGUCAGUCCAGCUUGUUGCGCCGUAGAAGCAUUACGGAAGUUUAUCCGAAACCUUCCUUGUUUGGCGGGCAGGAUUUGUUACUUGACCCACUGUACAGUAUCCAACCUUUACAAGUGGGAAAUCAUCCAGAAAAUAAUCCAAUACACAAUGUUCGAGAGGUUUUGGAAGGCCAUGAAAAAGAAGUUCCUCUGAUUUAUACAGAAAUGCUACACUUGGAAAAGGACGGCAAAAAGAGUAAGCAAUGGAAGCAAGUUGCAAGGUGGAUUAAAUAUGAGCAAACAGUUGAAGGUGAUGGGACUCGAUUUUCUAAACCUCAUGUGACCCUUUUAUCAGUAAUUAGUAUUAUACAACUUAAGAACUGCCUUCGCAAAGGGGUCAUUCUGUUGGACAUUGAAGCAAAUUCCUUCGAAGAAGUCACUGAUCAAUUAUGUGCUGCCUGGAUGGAACGUGGAAUGCUGGAAUCGGAAAGCUCAACUUGUAUAAAAGAUCUCUUACGUUCUCCCAAAUAUCACCUUAUUGGUAAUAGCAUGCGUUCGUCCACUGAAAUCAGAAAAGCCAUUACAACGUUUGCAACAGAUAGACUUGAAUGGAAUUCAGAUGUAAAUCACGUGAUCAAUAAACGUUUAUCUGAAGGUGAAAAUGAAGGAGAGCAGGAAGAAAGCAUGUAUGAUGUAUCACUACGAGAAAUGAAGAAGUUAGCGGAAGGUACAGAGGGAGCUGCAAUAAUGUCUGCAAUUUUUAGCGGUCUCGAUAGGCCCAUCUGUGCUUUUCUUCGACUCGAAAAAGCUAAAGUUUUUUACCCGGAAAUGCCCAAUAUUCCAGUGCCAUUAAGAUUUGUAUUUGUGCUCAUCAGUCCGCAUGACCAUUACACGAACGAAACACGUGCAAUAGGCAGAACUAUGGGUGCUUUGUUUUCAGAUGAGAUAUUUAGGAAGGUGGCGCAUUGUUCACUUGAGCCGUACACAAUUGCUGAUGCGUUGGAAGAAUUCUUCGUUCAGGUUGUCGCGAUUCCUCCCGGUAACUGUAGUACAGAGACCCGAUGGGAACCGAACACUGACUCAGACCAGGUUGCUCGUUCGGUGGGUAUGCUUUAUGCUUCUUAUGAUGACCCUUUUGAUGAAGAACCUGAGCUCGAGCAUAAAAAAGAAAUGCAUAAUGACAUCGUACGUACUGGUCGAUGUUUCGGUGGUCUUUGUGAUGAUAUCAAACGUAAGGCGCCAUUUUUCGUAUCGGAUUUUAGCGAUUUUUUCCGUGGUCGGUGGAGUCAAUCAUUCGCUGCAUUCAUAUUUCUCUUCUUUGCUAACAUCACAUCAAUAAUUACAUUUGGCGCGGUAAUGGAACGAGCUUUGCACCAUCAAAUGGCGGCUAUCGAGAAUAUUAUAUGUGGAGGUAUCAGUGGGGUGAUAUUUGCUCUCUUUUCGGGUCAACCACUCAACAUUUUGUCAGCAACAGGCCCAACUCUGGUCUUUGAAACCAUUUUGUUUGACUUUUGUCUGGCAAAUGGCUGGGAAUUUUUACCAUUCCGAUUUUGGGUUGCUGUAUGGAUCGGUGUGGUUUUGCUUAUUUUAGUUGCCACAGAUAUGUCAGCGCUCGUUGGUUUGAUUACUAGAUUUACGGAAGAAGCAUUUGCAGCACUAAUAUCAAUCGUUUUUAUAAUUCAGUCAUUUGAAAAAUUAGUUGAAAUUAGUCAUGAUGCACCCAUCAUCACCGAUCCAAAAAGUGUGUUUGAUUCACCAUGUGUUUGCUAUCUGAAUGAGUCAGUGGCUCUUGGUUUCAACAGUACUAUGCAACAAAAACUGAUGGACAUUGAUGCUGAAGAUUGUAUUAAACGUGGUGGUGAAGCGUUUGGUUUGCAGUGCCACUUCAAGCCUGAUGUUUAUAUGCUGUCCAUUUUACUAACCUUUGGCACAUUUGCAUUGGCUUACGGUCUAAAUAUUUUCAGACGAACGCCUUUCUUGACCUUUACAAUUCGCAAUAGCAUAUCGGAUUUUGGUGUUUUCAUCGCAAUUGUUGUAAUGACAGCUGUUUCAAAAUUUAUCGGUCUUGAUCUGCCCGUAUUGCACAUUCCUCUUAAUUUUCGACCAACGACUGAUCGCCCUUGGCUCAUUAAUUUUUUGUCAGUUGAUUGGUAUGUUGCAUUAUUUGCUGCGCUUCCAGCUGUAUUCUAUGCAAUACUUAUCAUUAUGGAUCAACAGAUCACUGCCGUUAUCAUUAACAGAAAAGAUAAUAAAUUAAGAAAAGGCUAUGGAUAUCAUUUGGAUUUGUUGGUUAUCGCGGUAUUAGUAGUUAUCUGCGGUUCUCUUGGUCUACCAUUUUAUGUGGCCGCAACGGUUCUAUCAGUAAUGCAUGUAGAUUCUCUUCGUUUACAGUCUGAUACCUCAGCACCGGGUGAGAAAGCGCAAUUCCUUGGAGUCAGAGAACAGCGUUUGACGGCAAUUAUAGCUCAUCUCUUGAUUGGCUUUUCGGUAUUCAUAACACCUGUUAUCAAGUUGGUACCACUACCUGUCCUUAUCGGGAUAUUUUUGUACAUGGGUGUAGUUUCAAUGCUUGGAUUGCAAUUUAUUCAAAGGAUUGCCAUGCUAUUUAUGCCCAUUAAAUAUCAGCCGGAUUACGUAUGGCUGAGAUUGGUCCGUAUGAAGCGCGUCCAUUUGUUUACUUGCAUUCAAAUUUUGAGCAUUGUUGGAUUAUUUGCAGUAAAAUAUAUGCCAUCAUUUUCAAUGAUGUUUCCACUAAUGCUGGUUUUAAUGGUAUUAAUUAGAAUGUUUUGUUUGGAAAAAAUUUUCUCGAAGCAAGAACUUAUUGCCUUAGAUGAUCCCGUACCCUCCUUUCAUUCCGUUGUUAGUGCCAAACAGCAAUAUAACCGAGGUAUUUUUUUCCUCAAUUCAAUCCUCUUCUGA